UCGGUCACCGGCGGCGCGGGGCUGAGCGGGCGGUGCGUGCCCGCCGCUGUCGUCUGCGCGUGACCGCGGCUCCCCGCGCGCUCCCGGCCCCGCCGCUCUGAGGGGCGGGGCGAGCAGCGCCUCAGUCGGCAGCGCGGGCGAGUAGGCCCGGGUACGUAGGCCCGGAGCGGCCGUCUGCGUUCUCACUCAGCGCCGAGGCCCGCCGACAGGGCCAGGAUGAGCGGCGAGGACGGCAACGAGGAGUUCUACCGGCAGCUGCAGCUCCAGCAGCAGUACGAGACCGAGCGCGGCGGCGAGGGCGAGGCCGACCCCUUCACCUACGUGGACCCGGCCGACGGGGCCGCCUACGAGUGGGACCGGGAGAAGAAGGCCUGGUUCCCCAAGAUAACAGAUGAUUUCCUAGCAACGUAUCACGCUAACUAUGGCUUCAAUGCAGACGAAACGGACAGUUCAUCUGCUUCUGGCACAGCAACUGAAAAUAAGCUACCACUGAGUUCUAAGACAUCAGAAACACAACCAUCAGCAAAUGAGAAAGGACCAAAACAAACAGAACCAAAACAAAAAACAGAAAAACGGAAACUUGAGCCGGGAUGGUUUCAUGUUGAAGAAGACAGAAACACGAAUGUUUAUGUGACUGGUUUACCACCAGACAUUACAAAAGAUGAAUUUGUUCAAGUCAUGUCGAAAGGUGGGAUCAUUAUGCGAGAUCCUCAGACAGAAGAGCACAAAAUCAAACUUUACAAAGAUAAGGAAGGAAAUCUCAAAGGAGACGGCCUCUGCUGCUAUCUAAAGAGAGAAUCAGUUCAACUUGCUUUGAGGCUUCUGGAUGAGGCAGAAAUUAGAGGCUAUAAAUUGCAUGUUGAAGUUGCAAAGUUUCAACUCAAGGGGGAGUAUGAUGCAAGCAAGAAGAAGAAGAAAUGUAAAGACUACAAGAAGAAGUUGUCUCAACAGCAGAAACAGCUGGAUUGGAGGCCUGAGAAGAAAGAUGGCGCAGCUCGAAUGCGACAUGAACGCAUCGUUAUUAUCAGGAAUAUGUUUCACCCAAAGGACUUUGAGGAGGAUCCCUUAGUGCUAAAUGAGAUCAGGGAAGACCUACGGACAGAGUGUGAAAAGUUUGGUCAAGUAAAGAAGGUUCUCAUAUUUGAUCGACACCCUGACGGCGUAGCUUCUGUGUCAUUUAAGGAAGCGACAGAAGCUGAUCUGUGCAAACUAACUCUAAAUGGGAGGUGGUUUGGUGGCCGUCAGCUCAGUGCUGAAACGUGGGAUGGUGUAACAGAUUAUCAGGUGGAGGAGACUGCAAGAGAAAGGGAAGAAAGGCUGAAGGUAUGGGGAUCAUUUUUAGAGGAUCCUGAUGCAAAGGAACAGCAAACUACAUCUGAUUCAGAUUCCACAACGAGUAGCGUUAAAAUCCCUGAAAGCAGCCAACCUUCAAAAGUUAAUGAUACAUCCAAGGAGGAUGUAAAUGAUGGAGGCCAUAAGAAGGAGAAUAAUGGGGAGGGCAUUAAUGAAGAUGGUGCUCCAUCCACAGACAGCAGCCUUGCAGGCAGUGAUGCUGAAGCAGAUACAUAACGUUUCCAUUGCUUUAUGAAAGCAUGGUUUUUAGGGUGAUGUUUGAGUUUAUCCCUUUCUUUCAGGGUUACUGCAGACAACGUCAUGUGAAUAUAUGCAUUAUUAGAAAUGUCAUCAACUGUGUGCUUUGAAGUUUUCAUUAAAAGCAGUAUUUAAUGAGGUUCUAAAAGUUUGUAUUAAUUGGCUGUUCAGGUAAAGUAACUCAAGUUGCCAAGAAUAACAGCAAACUCAUCAAGCUUCUUUUGUUCUAUCUAUGCUUAUCAGUGUUUCAUUAUAAGUGUGAAAUAUGUUCCAAUCCUUAAGUUUAUGUAACUAUAUGUAACUUAAAAAAUGCAAAGCUAUUGCAAGUUUUGUGGAUUUUGUCAUUAUUUUUCCUUGGAACUUGGUAUCUUAUCCUUAAAAUUAUUCUUGUCCUGAAUAGUUCUCAUCAUUCUAUGGAAUGGAUGCUGUGAUAAGUACAGGGUGAAUGCAUCAGAUGUGUUGCUAUACAUUAAGAAGAAAAUAAUAGACUGCUAUUGAUUUGCAGAUUUGAAGUGGAGAACAAACAAGAUUUCUAUUUCAGUGGAGAGUGAAGAUAGAUUUAACUAUCUAUCUAUACAGUAUUCAGUAAAUUAUUUUUCCCUUGUUUAUAUCUUUGAUGCUUAGAUUUUCUUUAGGGGCUGGAAUUAAGGAGACUAGAAAUGCAUGAGCACACACAUUCUAGAUUAUAAUGAAGUAAAACUGAUUUUAAACUCCUAUGGUCUGUAUACAGUAGAUAGGCUUUUGUUUGUUGACUUGACUUUAAUUUUUGUUUUGAUAUUAGAGUAAGGAUUUUCUUUUAACUCUGUUAGAAUGACUUCUCUUCAGCAUUUAGCCUUCAGUUGCCCUUCAGAGGGUGGUGGGGAGUUCUCCUCUAUUUCAUAAAACCUAAAGGCUUUUGGCAACUUGAAAUACAAUUGGUUGUGUACAUGUUAGAUUACUUGAACAUGCUUUCAAAUAAUAUUAUUAUUUUCCAUGGGGAAAAAAAGCAAAUGUAAUGCUAGCUCUAUUAGAAAUAUUUCCAAAAACAAAGAUUUAAGCCUUCUAUCUUUAGAUACCUUAAUAAACAAUAGGCUUUAAAAAUAACCUUGGGGAGCCAUUUUGAUCACAGUCAUUUUUCAUUUGAAAUCCCAUUAUUUUGAUUCCUAAGAAUACGAGCACACAGAUUCAGGCACUAAAUGCUUAAAAUAUUGGUGCUAAAUUCAUAGCACGUUGUUCAUAUGGUGGCUGCUAGUGCACAUUUGUAGGGAGGCUCUUUAAUCUGUAUAUUUUUUAAUUCAUAUUGGAUUGCGAGAAACCAUAGAUGUUAAUUUUAGGUGUAUUUCCAUCCUGAAGUAUUCAGAAUAGUCUGAAAGUUGGUAUUUUCAAACUUUGUGCUCUGAGAUUGCCAUCUCUAUUUUUUCCAGAAGUCUUUAUGGUACCCUGAGGUUUCUAUAUGUAACCAGUAUGCGUGGGUAGUUACAGCAGCCAAGCCAUCUAACAUUUAACACUUGUCAUUGUGAUUCCAUUAUAUCCUUUUAUGACAAAAUACCUGUUGUUUGAACAAGUAUGAUGAUUUGAGUUCCAGGUUUAAAAAUCCAGAAGCUCAUUACAAGCUGGCAUGACAGAUUUCCAAUUUUAAUGAGAUGCAUUAUAAAGCAGAACUCUUAUCUCUUGCCAUCUAAAUAAGGCCACUUUCUCAUAUUCAUAAACGUGUGAAUGAUGGGUUUAAACAAAAAAAGUUUGGACAGUUCAGGGAAUCUGAAAUACUGCUUGGUUUGCAGCUGCCCAUUGGUGGCAUAUUCCCAUUGCAUCUCUGGGUUGUAUUGGUUCUGUGUGGGAUUUUGGUUGGUAGCACUGCAGACCUCUGAGGGCUCAAAGCUUUGUCACAAGAAGAGUGUAAUUAAAUGUAGUAUUGCUUUCAGUGCUACUUCUUUCUUCCAGCUUCUAAGCUUCUCUAGUGUUAGAUUUGUUAGGCUGUUGUGUUUUGUUUGCUUUUUUUAAGAGGCUAUUCAUAAAACACUCUAGACAGUUUAAUUGCCUGUUCUACAGUGGAAUUGCAAUUGAUAUAGGGAAACUUGUCAAAUGUAUAAGUAUUGUACAGUUCUAUGAAGCCUUAUCAUCUUAUCAAAUGUAAAAAAAAAAAAAAAAAAAAGGGUCGUGUUAGUGUUUGAGAAAAGAUCUUGGAAAAUAAAGAAACAUUACUUGUGCAGUAA